AUGACUGCAUCAGAUUCGGUGUCCAUAUUCACGGAGGGUACUUUCGAAGAACAGAUCCAAGAACUCGUCCUAUACAUUGGACGGGAUAAGUCAGAGGAAGAACAGGCAGCAUUCCUCAAGCCCUUCCAAGACGCCCUUGAAGCCCAAGGCUCUGAUGCGGAACAUGAACAGCGACGAAGGACUGUCUUCCAAAAGGUUUUAGGAGAGGUGAAGACGCUAGGCGACGGGUCUGAAAAAGAGAUGGAGGGAUUUUUCAACCUUCUCUUCGCACAUCUAUUAUCAUUAUGGCCUGUCAACUCUGCUGAGACCAAAGCCCAUGUUACUACGCUCUUGCACGUAAUCUCUUCGGCCCAUUCAGCAGAUGAAUCGAUCAAAUAUCGCGUCCUAUCCAAUCUGUUUAAUGCACUUCCACGACGAUCGGCAUUGCGCCUCCCCGUAUACAAUGCCAUCCUUCGAGUGGCAAGCAUAACUGGGGACCUCGCUGAAAUUCGCGAAUCGCAGGCGGUUAUCGAAAGAUGGCUCUCGGAGUGGGAAAUCAGCACAGAGGAGAAGAGCGAGUUCUGGAAAGGACUUGCAGACACAUAUGUCAAUGAACCCGAAGCCUCGUACGACUACAUUCUGUCGUAUCUGCAGUCCCUGCCCGCAUCUUCUCCUGCCGCGAAAACUGCGGCAAUCGACGCGAUUGCACAGGCUCUUCGGCUACCCUCCAUUUUCAACUUCGACCCAUUGUUCAAAAUAGAUGCCGUGCUAGCAGCAAAGGACCACGAACUCUUCUCCCUCCUGCACAUUUUCCUCAACGACGGUUUUCCGGAAUUCAAUGCUUGGGCAGAAAGCCACAACGCGACUUUCGCGACGUACGGCCUUGAUCGCGCCCAGCUUGAACGCAAAGUGCGAUUACUGACACUUGCCUCCCUGUGCUUCCAAAAUGCUGGCAAGGACAUUUCCUACUCCACAAUAGCCUCCGCUCUGCAAAUUGAACCUUCUGAGGUAGAGAGAUGGGUAAUCGACGUGAUACGUGCCCAACUGUUGACUGGCAAACUCUCGCAAACAUCACAAACGCUGCGUGUUAUCCGUGCCAAGGCACGGACAUUUGAGCGGGCUCAGUGGGAGGUACUCGAAUCGCGCUUGGUAGCCUGGAAGCAAGGUCUUUCCUCCGUCCUGCAAGUGGUUUCAACGGCACGCGCCACUCAGAAGAAAGCGCCCGUUGUCGUGGUCAAGGAGAAAGAUAAUAAAGAGGAUUCAGUGGGCACGGCGGUGGCGCAGGAUACCGCUUGACAUUCGUGAAUAAUAUCAGGGUUAGGUGAUGUAUCUCUCGAUAUGUAUGUAAUCCACAAAUCCGAUUUGU